AGACAUGGGCUCUGCUGCGCUUGCACAUGCAAAGCUUUUGAAAUGGUUGCUGUCCGUGUCAAGUCUGGUAUGCUGUUCUGCUGAUGAGGAUGUGGACGAGCCGAACCUGAGCAGGAGUUUCUCGCUUCGCUAUGAACCUGAUCAUGGGGGUGCUGUUGGCUCUUCACAAGAUACGAGGCUACAUGUUUUCACAGUGGACUAUGACUAUGUUCAAAUUCCCUAUGAAGUUACUCUUUGGAUCCUCCUUGCCUCUCUUGCAAAAAUAGGUUUCCACCUCUAUCACCGAUUACCAAGACUCAUGCCCGAAAGUUGCAUCCUGAUUGCCAUUGGAGCGCUAGUAGGAGCAAUCAUCUUUGCUUCUGAUCACAAAUCUCCACCAGUGAUGAACACAAGUAUUUACUUCUUGUAUCUCCUUCCACCCAUUGUCCUGGAGGAGGGUUAUUUCAUGCCAACUCGUCCAUUUUUUGAAAACUUUGGGUCCAUCCUGUGGUGGUCUGUAUUGGGAUCUCUGCUAAACUCAUUUGGGAUUGGCCUCUCCCUCUACGGAGUCUGCCAGAUUGAAGCCUUCGGCCUGACUGACCUCAACCUCCUGCAGAACCUGCUGUUUGGCAGCAUGAUUUCAGCUGUGGAUCCUGCGGCAGCUCUGGUAGUGUUUGAAGAAGCGUCCGUUAAUGAGCAGCUUUACAUGAUGAUCUUCGGGGAGUCAUUGCUAAAUGAUGGCAUAACUGUGGUUUUAUAUAACAUCUUCAUCGCCUUCACCCAGAUGCACAGGUACGAAGAAAUCGAAUCCAUCGAUGUCUUUGCUGGCUUUGCGCGCUUCUUCGUGGUGGGGCUGGGUGGCGUACUGUUUGGCAUCGUCUUUGGAUUUGUUUCAGCGCUCAUGACUCGUUUCACCCACAACGUUUCUGCUAUCGAACCCCUGCUGGUCUUCAUGUUCAGCUACCUGUCAUACUUGUCUGCUGAAACCCUUUACAUCUCAGGCAUUUUGGCGAUGACAGCAUGUGCAGUGACGAUGAAAAAAUACGUGGAGGAGAAUGUUUCCCAGAAUUCCUAUACUACAAUAAAAUAUUUCAUGAAGAUGUUGAGCAGCGUCAGCGAGACCCUGAUUUUCAUGUUCAUGGGAGUGUCUACAGUGGGGAAAAACCACGAGUGGAACUGGGCCUUCAUUUGCUUCACUCUGCUCUUCUGCCUCAUUUGGCGGACACUGAGUGUAUUUGCUCUUUUCUACAUCAGUAACAAGUUCCGAACAUAUCCCUUCACCUUCAAAGACCGACUCAUUAUUUCCUACAGUGGCCUUCGAGGAGCCAGCAGCUUCUCUCUUGCAUUCUUACUUCCAGUGAAUCUCUUCCCAAGAAAAAAAUUGUUCAUUACUGCUACUCUCGUAGUUAUAUAUUUCACUGUGUUCAUCCAAGGAAUCACAAUUGGACCAUUGGUCAGAUAUCUAGAUGUUAAAAAGACCAACAAAAAGGAGUCUAUCAAUGAAGAAAUUCAUAUGCGAUUGAUGGACCACUUGAAGGCUGGUAUUGAAGACAUAUGUGGACAUUGGAGUCAUUAUCAGCUGAGAGAUAAAUUUAAGAAGUUUGACAAUAAGUAUUUGAAGAAAAUCUUAAUUCGGGAACACCAGCCCAAAUCCAGCAUUGUAUCACUAUACAAAAAGAUGGAGAUAAAACUGGCCAUCGAGAUGGCUGAGAGUGGCAUGAAAAUUUCAAAAUCAUCCACAGCUGCUUCACAGAGCGGUAGAAAUCGGCAUGUGCAUAGGCUCUCCCCCGCAGAGGUGGAGUCCAUGAGAGAUGUCCUGGCACAUAAUCUAUAUCAAGUGCGACACAGG